UUGACAACAAAUCGGUAAUGACAAUUCUAUAUUAGACGUCAAAAUAAAUUUCAAUUUCUAAAAAGUUUGUCGUAAGUUUUUGGUUGUAAUAAUCAUGAAAGCCAAAGGGGAUUUAAAAGAAUAUGAAGUUAUUGGACGCAAGUUUCCCACUAGAAAAGAGAAGACUACACCUUUAUACAAAAUGAGAAUAUUCGCCCCGGACCAAAUUGUUGCCAAAUCUCGUUUCUGGUAUUUCUUGGGGCAGCUAAAGAAAUUCAAAAAAUCUACUGGUGAAAUAAUUUCGAUGAAACUUUUACUAGAACCCUAUCCUACCAAGAUCAAAAACUUUGGAAUUUGGCUCAGGUAUGACUCUCGGUCUGGAACCCAUAACAUGUACAGAGAAUAUAGGGAUCUAAGCAUCUCUGGAGCAGUAACUCAGUGCUACAGGGAUAUGGGAGCGAGGCAUAGAGCCAGGACUCAUUCUAUUCAUAUUAUUAAAGUAGAGCAAGUUAAAGCUGCUGAUACGAGAAGAGCACAGGUUAAACAGUUUCACAACUCCAAAAUUCGUUUUCCUAUAAUAAAGAGGAUUCAGCAUAAGCCUAUGAACAAGUUUUCAGUACGAAAACCUAGAACUUAUUUUCAGUAAAUAUUUCUUUUGUUCUGUUAAUAUUUAACUGUAAGAUGAAGUAGUUUUAAAUAAAAUAUUUUAAAAUGAAAA